AAUGAACUUUUCUCUGGUUUAUGGUGUAUCUAUAUCCGGGUUGAAUUCAAAAGUUGCGGAGAGCAAGAGAAGACGGCCAUGUCCUAUCCUCGUCUAGACUUACGCACUACAGCUCAGGUCAUCAAGCAGUCCACUGUGUCUUUCCUCUCGAGCUUCUACACAUUUCUCUUUCUGUCUCUUCUUCUUUUCUCAUUUCGUACUAUUGUCGAGACUGGAACCUUACAUGUCACCUCUUUCAUCGAUAAGGAUCCCUCUCUGAAAGCCCUUCUAUCUCGCCUCGAUCUUGCAGGAAAGAAUGUCAGAUCAUCCGAAGGUUUUAAAUCUCCGUCCGUCGUGAACCGACGACGUCGCUCUUUCCUUCACCUUAGUCGCGUCGGAACCCUAGACGACGAUUUCUUCUCUGGAGAAGAAGAUGAUGAUCGGAUUCUCUUCGGGUUGGGUCGUCGUUCCCCUGUCAACGGAAGUUCUGUGAAUCUCAACCAUUUUUUCAGCCAACAGGGCAAAUUAGGGUCUUCGGAUUCUGAGGAGAGAUACGGGUUUAGGCUUUUGGAGGUUGUUGGUUCAGGAUUUCUUUUCAAGGCUGAGGGUUUCUCGUUGUCGGAUGGCGCUGAUGAAGAUGGUAACGGUAAAGGAACUGGUAAGACGGUUUCGGACAAGGGAGGGGAAGGGGAUAACUCUGCGGAUUUUCAAUUAUUUUUUAAGGGUUUCGAGCUUGGUCGUCGUGAUGCUGCGGCCUUGUUCUUUCUGGUGAGUUUCUUAUCGGCAGCAUAUGGUUGGGUGAUUCUUGGGUUUUUGGUUACACAAUCUUGCAGCCUUGGUAUCGUGUUCUAUACUGUCAUCACCGACCUUCUGGGCAGGUAUCAGUCGUUUACUGGAACGGUUUAUGCUGGUUCGCGUCUGGGGAUUAGAAGGGUUUCUGGGUUUAUACUCAUGAGAUGGGCUGUUAGAGAUGCAUUGACCCAACUUCUUGGUCUCUGGUUUUUUGGCGAAAUUGAAGAUCAGUACUCAUUCUUUAAGCUGUUUGUGAGAUUGAAACUGAUGCCCUUCUCCAUCAAUUUUCCGUGGAUUCGGGGGUUUGAGUCAGAGAUCUCAGGGUUUCUGUUUACGUGGUUCUUGUUGGAUGUUUCUGUGGCUUUCGUUUUUGCAGUGGAUUGUUGGGUUGCAAUCAUGGACGCAAGGAGGAGUGGCAGGGAAGUAGUGAAGGAAGGAUGCUACCUAAUAUCUACAAUGUUAAACCAGGCCAUCCAGAUAAAAUGUUAUGAAGCCAUCCUUUGUGGGUCAUUUGUGAGAUGGGUUCUGACUCGGAUUUGUGGAAAGUUGUUUGCCUCAGUUUUUCAGUCGGUGGUGGAGGUUUAUUUUAUGGUAGCAUGGUUGAUAUUCUACUUUGCUGCAAGGUGUGAGGAUGCAAAUUCAGAUGGUAGGAGGUUCGGUCGGAGAGAUUUGGAGGAUUACAUUAAUGGUCUCAGAUGAUCCAUUGCUAAAUGGAGACGGUUCACCUAGAGGCUCCUACUAUAACUGUAAAAAUACUGGUAACAUCUGAUGCUUGGAUGUACCUGUUUUGCUGUUCAUGCGAUUUUCCUAUACCAUUUUUGGUGUUGUUACCUGGCUUCUAUGUGAUGUUGUAUGUACUUUGUCAGUAAGAAAUAUUUAAAAUGUAUAUUUUCAU